GCGCGGCGGCUGCGGGAGGCGGCGCGGUGCCAUGGCGGCCCCGUCCCGGUCCCCGUCGCUGUCCCCGUCCCCGUCGGCGUCCCGCGGCCCGGCGUGGCGGCUGCGGCAGCUGUGCCAGCGCUACCAGGACUACGUGAGGCGGCACCCGGCCGCCACCGCCCAGCUGGAGGGCACCGUGCGCGGCCUCUCCUACCUGCUGCCAGGUCGCUUCGCGGACGCCCACGAGCUGUCGGAGCUCGUGUACUCUGCCUCCAACCUCCUGGUGCUGCUGAACGACUGGAUCCUGCGGAAGGAGCUGCAGCGGAGCCUGCCAGUGUCACUGCCCCAGCAGAAGCUGCGGACCUGGCUGAGCGUGCUAGAAUGUGUGGAGGUCUUUGCAGAGAUGGGGACAGCCAGGAUGUGGGGGGAGAUGGGCCGAUGGACCAUCAUCGUCCUCAUCCAGCUGGCUAAAGCCAUCCUUCGCCUCCUGCUCCUGCUGUGGUACAAAGCUGGCAUCCAGACAUCUCCUCCCAUAGUGCCGCUGAACAGGGAGCAGCAGCCACCUCUCCAUCCCGAAGACAUGGAAGGCAACUCCUCAGGGAAGGAUCAGACCUAUGUUGGCAGGCGUUCUAGCCGUGUUGUGCGGUCUCUUCAGAACACUCCGUCCCUGGAGUCCAGGCACUGGGGGUCCCCCCAGCAGAGGGAGGAGACGCAGAGCCGAAGAGCAGAGAUGAACCAGCCUCCUACCCCCCUGGGUCUUCAAGAAACCAUUGCAGAAUCGAUCUACAUUACCCGUCCUCUGCUUCACUUAUUGAGUUUAGGAGUGUGGGGCCAGAGAUCAUGGAAACCCUGGCUCCUCUCAGCAGUCCUGGACAUCUCAAGUCUGAGCUUGCUGAGUGAUCUGAAAGACCUGAACAGGCGAGAGCGAGCGGAGAUGAGGCGACGAACCAUCCUGCUGCUGUACUACCUGUUGAGAUCUCCUUUCUAUGACCGAUACUCAGAGGGCAGGAUCCUCUUCCUCCUGCGCUUGUUGGCUGAUUACGUGCCUGGACUUGGCUUUAUCACACGGCCACUGAUGGAUUACUUACCUGCCUGGCAGAAAAUCUAUUUCUACAACUGGGGCUGAUGAGAAAAUGAUGAUUCUUAUUUGCUAAGAUCAUGGCUGGAUGUUUCUAAGGAGGGCAAGCAGGCUGGGGGAAGGGGUGUUGAUAAUGAUUAAUUUUCAGUUAAACCAUCAAUGAGAAGCUCCUGUUUUGCAGGGUGGGGAGGGAGGGGUGUAUGUAAUUUUUAAACAGAUCUAACUGAAUGAUGGACGCUACAUGUGUGGAGAGACCCUGGCCACCUCUUUCUGCGGACAGUGCUGUGGCUCCAGUGAUGGUGACGGGAUGACCUUUUUUAAGCACUUGAUUUUUUUUUUCCUCCUUUUGUACAGCUGCACUAUUAUAAAGCCAGGCAGCAUAGUGA